AUGGUCACAAUCUCAGAGUUUCAGAAGAUCGGCGUGGGUUUGUCAGGCUUCGGCAUGUUCUUCCUACUCUUUGGAGUUUUGCUGUACUUUGACUCUGUCUUGCUGGCAUUUGGUAAUAUCUUGUUCCUGACUGGUUUGGCCUUCAUCAUUGGCCUGAAGAGAACAGCUCACUUCUUCUUCCAGAGGCAAAAGCUGAGAGCCUCCUCUUUUUUCCUGGGUGGUGUGGCUUUAGUGGUACUCCGAUGGCCACGCAUAGGCAUGCUUGUGGAGAGUUAUGGCUUUGUGCUUCUGUUUAAGUCGUUCUUCCCAAUGGCUUUUGGAUUUCUUGGAACAGUAUUGAAUAUGCCAUUCCUCACUACACUAUUUAAUUACUCAGGAAGCAGCUCCUCUAUGGUGUAA